AUGAUCGCUGCUCCAGGAGCCUUUUCGGCUACCAUCUUAAAUAUUGCCGGGUUUACAGGCGUUGGUGUUCAGAGUGAAGAACUCUUGAGCUUACCGAGUUGGCUGAAACCGGGAUCUCUCGCCGCCACCGCUCAAUCUGCUCUUGGGAAUGUAGCUGCCGGUAGCACAUUUGCUGCGCUUCAAAGCGCCGGUGCCGGAGGUGCGGCUGCUCUGGGAACCAUCAAUGGGGUGGUUCAGGGCGUUGGUGCAGCUAUAUUGGGAUCAGCAGCUUAUCUGAAACGGCCCUUUUUCAAACCCAGAAACUAA